ACCUGCCAGAACGCGUGCCUUAGGUCAACACUACUAAUGAAGAUCGUAUCCUCCACCCGGCUCAGAAUGGACUCAAUAUUUUGCAACGGGUUUCUGCACCAAUGUUACCCUAUUGUUCCACGGGCUUUCGCUCAGUUCGAUCACUCCCAAUUUGAGCAUUUCGUCGACCUCUUGGAACAACAACUUCUGCUUUGGUGGUGAUACUGGAUAGAAUCUCUCUUUCACUGGCACUGUAUCCAGCAGUUGGAUCGUGUGCUCUUCUAAUGUGGUACGUCCGAGUCCGCCUGAAACUUCUCACAGACUUCUGCCAGGACCUCUUGUUGCGUCUCGUUGAGGACAUGUGGUUCCACCGGCUCCUUUUUGGAAUUAAACUCCUCAUCCUCGAUGGACAACUCCUCUACUCCCAAGAGAUCAGGUGCGAGCUCGAAUUUGCGGCAGAAAUCUAUGCCUUUGACGCAGUGACGGGCACAGUUUAUUCACCAGCUCUUCACAUCCGUCGCCCAGGAAACUCACUGAAGCUCCCGUGUCUAGCAGACCUUUUACGUGAAACUAUUGCAUCUUUACCGUAGCGAA